AUGUGCGACGAUUGCGACGAUUGCGACAAUUAUAAACAACGCGCGACACGUCUUUUUAUUCGUGAUCUCCACGAAUGUCGGCGGCGAACGAAAUUCUAUUCAGAGAAUGACAAUAUCAUGUGUCAUAUAACGGAGUUUCAAUUCCUUAUAGUUACUCAAAAAUCUUGUGGUUCAAUCAAAAUUGGGUAUAGAAUAUCUCUAGGAAUAUUUUUUAAUUAUUACUGUUCGCGAAAACGAGGUCAUAUUCAUCCUUCUGCAAGUAAUAAAACUAGAGAACUUGGUGCAAUACCUAAGGGAGAAAGCACAUCGACUUCUAAGCAGCUAAAAAUACCACAAUAUGGUAAUUCAUCAAAACAUGAACCAAUCGUCAUAAAACAACAUGGCCCCGCCAUCGAUAUUACAGAAUCUGAUGAUCUUCCAGAUUCAUUGUUUUAUCCUACUACACAGACAAUUUAUGAAUCUAAACAAGCUUCAAAUUCUAUGAUUAAUUUGGCUCCUUCUCAACAACCUAAUCUAUCUUCUGCUGAAAGUCAAGAAAUGAUAAGAUCUCAUUCCGGAUGAAUUUUCCUUUAUAUAGAGAGGCGGUUAAGGACGGGACAUUCCAUAUUAUACAUUUUGUAGAUAAUCUCGAUAAUAAUAAAAAAAAUUAGAAUAAUGAAUUAAACUUCUUUGGAUAAAAAAAAAGGUUAAUAUAAUUUGUAUAUAUAUAUAUAUAUUAAUGAAAUGCAACACAUAUAAUGUAUUAUUAUUAUUACAACUUUUUUUUUUAAAUUCUGACCUGGGGUUGUUUUUCACUUGCGAAAUUUCUUUUUUUCCUUCGUUUUCUUGUAUUUAAACAUAUAAUAAAGGAUUAUUUUU